AUGACUAAAACAAAUGCUUAUCAAUGUCUUGGUACACAGGAUCCUUUACCUGAUCUUAUACAACGUACUAAUAAAUAUUUAUUAGAAUUACGUUUUGCUAAAUGGAUUACAAAAAAGCAAUAUGAGCAACUUUGUAUUAAAACAGAUGAAGUUGAAUUAGCUCAUCUGUAUUAUCUACCAAAACAUCAUAAACCGCAAACUCUUCUUCGACCAAUUAUUGCAGGUCUUAAACAUCCAACAAUAAAAAUUUCUAAGUUUCUUGAUGAUCUUUGA